AUGAGCAGUGCAGAGGCCGGUGGCGAAGAAAGUGUUUGGGGCGGACAAUGGUGGCGAUGGCUUUGUAUCAUCGGGCUUGUAAUCAUUGGUGAUGACGCAGAUGCACCAAGGAGGAGUCCUCCGGAGAUCACUUGCCCAUCCCUCUCUACAUUUCACCAACCGGAAGAUGCGAUUGAAAAAUUCUUCAAUGUCGGAAGAUGCGAAGGAAGGCACUCAACGGUUCUUCGUUCCUCUCCCGUCAUCGGCAGCAAAGAAGAUCAAGGGGAAGAUCCCCCUGUACUCAUCUUCGUCGGAUUAAGGAGGAGAAGCACGAUUGGAAUCAGAAAUCGGGAAGCACUUCCAUUGAUUCACCGAUUCGAAGGAGGAGGAUGA